AUGCACCUUAUCCCUCUUCCCUUUCCAUCGUUUCUGUCCUUCCAGGUUCUGAAGAUCUUCGUCCAUACUGCCGUUACAGUCCAUCUCUGUGGCCACGGAUCGCCUCACUUUCUGACAGAACUUAGACGGAACUCCACCUUCAUCCAGCAGGCCUCAGUUUACAGUGGUCCCCCUGAUCCCAUCCAUGGCAUUGCUCUGUAUCAGAAAGUGAGGGCCACAGCACAGGACAUAGUCAGGUUACUUUUCUCAGGCACAGCCUCUCCCCAGAGCAGCAAACUAGCCAUGCCCAACAUGGGUGAGUACAUUAUAUUGUUGUUAUUCCAUGUUCUGCAUGUCUACCUUACAUUUACAUGUUAGUCAUUUAGCAGGUGCUCUUAUCCAGCACUACUAACAAUUAG